CAACAUUUACUAAUUAACCAGUUCCAACAAUCUGAAUAAAAUACCUACUACAAAAUGUUGGGAAAACUUAUUCAAACUGCUUUUCUACUAUCCACUUCAGUAGAACAUAUGCACACCAUUCAAGUAGUGCGUUACAUAUAAAUUUUCCGUAAGUACUCACAAUAUUACCUAAAUGAAGCCAGCAGCAAUGAAAAAGUUCAGCACCAGUCAUUCUUCUCCACUACCACCCAGUGAGCCAGGAGCUCCUAAAAGGUCAGUGCCUGGACCAACUUCUCCGUGGCAUUUUUUAGAUCUCUUGUUGUUUUCGACUCUUCGACGACCGAUGUUUAUUAAUCCGGCCGUUAAAGCUGGAGUAUAUCUUUGCCUAGCUGCCGGCGUAUCUCUUGUCUUCGACUUUGUGAGAGCUCCUCCAACUUACUUUUCUAAUAAGCAAAAUCCGUUCAACAGGUAUUUCGUGAAAGUAGGGUGGGCUUGGACAUGUGGUUGCCUUGCAGCCUUUAUAAUCGUUUCUUCCUUUGUAUAUACGGCUGGUAAUAUUAAGCUCAUGCGUGGGCAUAUUUUACGCUUGGUCGUUGGCUCUGGCUGUUGGUAUACUGUUACUGGACUUAUCAACUUAAUUCAUGAUUGGUCUGGUCACUGUCAUCCAGCAUCGGUUACCUUGCCUAAUGGACUCCGUCCUAAUCAACGAAUUUCAUGUCAUCGAGCUGGAGGUGUUUGGCUAGGAUUUGAUAUAUCGGGUCACUGCUUCCUGUUAAUCAUGUCCAACUUAUGGAUCAUAGAAGAACUCGGCUGUAUGCAACAUUGGAACAAACUCUCUGAAAUUCUACAGCUACAUAAGAGCAACGAACCGAACCAGUCUACUAAUACAAGUGGAAUUCGUCAUGUUUCUGAACAAGAACUGAACAUAAUGCGCUCAGCUUAUCGAAGAUUAACAUCUGUGAUUCGUCUAAUAUUUUCGUUUACAGCCUGUUUGUCUAUGCUUUGGGAUAUUAUGUUUCUUUCAACAGUAAUCUAUUUUCAUACUAUGCCAUCAAAGCUUUUGGGUACCGCACUCGGUGUCGCUUGUUGGUUCCUAUUUUACCGAGUCAUUUUUCGCAGUUGCCCGACUGGAUAUUGGGGUGGGUUUGCUCCUGGACUACCCGGAGAUGGUCCAAUUAAAUUUGUACUUAAUUAGCUCCUCCAACAAAAUAUGAAUAGUAACUGUUCGUAUAGAAUAUCACAAUUUUCGCAAAUACUUUAGUUUAACGUUUCGGUACUCAUCACUUUUACGUUCUUCUAAAUAUUUUUUUUCAGUAUGUUGUCAUGUUGACUGAUGAAAUCACUGAUUUUGAGCUUUUAUAACCACUCAUAUUGUACUGCCGUUACUUUCAAAUAUCAGAAAACAAAAUCCUGGCUUGUAACCAUACAAAAUACCGUUUUAUUGCCAUUACGUACCAGUCCCGAGGUUUGGUGAGAAGCGAUCGCGUUUACCGUAAUGAGAAGCUUCAUGCCAGCUGCUCGGACAUGUUUAUGUAGCUAGAAAUAGAAGACCUACGAAAAAAGUGCACAUGUUUGUUUUAUAUUGAUUUUUGGUGGAAUUGUGAAUAUCAUGAAGUUAAACGUUGUGUAAAUUAAUAAAUAUCUAUCUAAUCGUCAUAUUCACCUCGAGAUUUCAUCGAAAGUUGGCAUGCAUAUAUAGAAGUAAAUGAGCCGAAAAUCUCAACAUGUAAACCAAUUCUUCUACCAACCACCAAUGAUUAGGUUAUGUAGAGUUUCAAACUUACGUUCUGACAACAUUUUCCACCAGCAGGACCCAAAACAUAUACUAAACAUAUUGAUUUUUUUGACUUAGUACAUCAAUAAGCUUGGAAUUAUAGUGUAGGAGUAUAUUUUUCCUACUUGACUGUAUAGUAAGACGUAAAAACUUUGUUUAAAUGCUUUUGGUUUUUUUUCAUAAUAUCAUUUUUCAAACAUGUGGUUGUUUUGGCAUGCAACGGGUUAUUCAUUAGGAAAAAUUGUUGGAACAAUUACCAAUAAAUUGAUAGGUGUUCAUUAGAUAUGUUCACGAUGAAGUACCUGGACAUGAAACUAGGUUAGAUAUGCACCUUGAUUGACUAGCCUUCAAUAUCAACAUGCAUCCACAGAAUUUCUCAGUGCAAUUUGAAACGAGCCAGAAACUAACCGUAAAGUCUUAAUCCAAGAAGUUUAAUUCAACCUAUAUGUUAAGUUUCCAGAAAUAAACAGACACUAGCUAUUGGAAUCUUCAGUUCAGUUGUGUAACUAUUGGGUCAUUAGUUCGGGAUAUCCUCAACUCACUUUCCGUUAGGCAGUUCAAUGAUGUCACAACGUUUUACAUGGUGUAAUACCUGGCGGUACAAAAAUGUGUACUAGUUUACUUAUUUCCCUGUCAGAUAAUCGGACCGAACUGUCAUCAAUAGUUUUCAUGUGAAAACUCCUUAAUAUGUGAGCCUAAAAUGGGGAGUGAUUUUACAAAACGAAAUUCCAGGUAACGUAUAGUCGUAUAAUGCAAAUUCCAAAGCUAUCUGCUGUUUGUCCUGAUUUUAACCUAAAUACAAGAUAAAAGUAGUAACAACAACUAACGUUUAAUUAAAAAAAAAUCAGGCGCUGUCUGGUAAUUAUGAGGUUUUCCUGAUAUCGGAGACUACUAAACGAUAUUUUACAUUAGAACAUUGUUGAUUAUCAACUACCGAUUUCUUCCAAAGCUCUGGUUAAUUAUGUUCGUUAUGCUUCCGAUGCACACUUAUAUAUCGAUGUCACUGUUUGUUUAACACAAUCUGUACUACAGAAAUCUGGAAGCUCACUAUAAGAUAAUAAGUAGAAAGCUCUCAUGGGGUCUUCAAUGAAGAAAAUAAAAUGCUUUCGAUAAUCCAAUGUGGUAACGAGCCGGUACAUAUUCAUGUCUUAAGUUAUUUGCGGUCGGUUUCAGAGCAUGAAAACCCAGGGAUGA